AUGGCUUCCACAAUAGCCUCCCCGGUCCCACUGCGCUUCAACCAGUCUCCACGAACGACCAAUGAACGCGAGGCUGUCGACCCAGGACGCGAUACUCCUCUUCCACAGUAUGAGAAGACGCAGUCGGUGCCAGUUACUUUGAAACUCCAGGAAGAUGCCCAAAAUCCAGGCCGGUUUCAGCUUGUAUUGGACAUUGGUGCGAAGCUGCAAUCACCAGAUGGAUUGCCCUUGAAUACAUUGUUCAACCUUCCAAAUACGAUCAAUAGCGCUACCAAGGGUGACGAAAAUUCUAGUCGAGAUACAUCCAGUCCACCUACGACACCACUUUCGGAGAAGCAGGGCUGGGCCGAUUUAGAUCAUGUGCCCCCUGAAUUUCUCAACAAAGUUGUACCAGAUUGGAAUGUAUCGUUUUCUCGGAGUGAUUCGACAGUAUCCACACAGACAAAGCGUCUUGCCGAGAUCAAAGCCAAGAUCAAGAAGAAGGGAAAGGGCUACGUAGUUCGGCUCUUGAAAGGAUCCGCCACAGACUCGAACGAGAUUGCUGAAGUAGACUUGGGUUCAGAUGCCACCAGAUCCCGAGCAAACAUCUCUGAGCUUGACUCCGCAAUUCUGCCAGCCGAACUUCACUCGGUACCGUUCUCUGUGCCAUCAAAUUCUAUAAGUCCUGUCGAUGGAGGCCCGAUAUGCGAAAUCGGUACUUCAAAUGAAGAUGGCAUCAGGCGGCCGCAAGAUCCCAUUGCUCCUGGACCUGAUUCAAAUAGUGAAACACAUGCGAGGCUAUUGGAAGGGAGUCGGUUAGUACAAAUCUCAACCACCGAAGAAGGAAUGAGCGAUGCGGAAACCCUGAUAUCCGACCUUCGCCCAAUCGAUCGGCAUGUGGACGGGGAACAAACCUUUGGCGAGUCCUUGCGUCAAAGUGACUUCUUGACUCCAAUCCGAUCAGGUUCAGUAUCUAGCAUUGUGAAAACACCUACCCGGGGCUUAUCGCUUAUUGGGCCAGUCAGGAAAAGGGUCGAGAAGAAGGCUCGUCCCCGUAUAAACUGCCGAACCGCAAACAUGAAUCUGAAACGAUCGGAUGCUCACAAAUCUAUCAAGAGUCGUUCUAAUUCAACUACCAUUGAAACCGAAGAUUGGUUUGAUGAAUUUGGAACGAAUUCGACUAACAUGCGGCAAUGUCAGCGUCUGUCACCUCGUAAGUCUAAGGAUUCUGACCGAAAUUUCCAAGAUCAUGGGACAUGGCAAAAUUCAAUACGACAUACCGGAAGGAUGAGACCUCGAAACGCUCGUCAUUCAUCCGUAGAUGAUCUCCAAGUACCCGCGAAGUCCAAGUAUGGAUUGCGGUUGCAAACCAACGUACCCAAAACAAGAUCCGCUCACGUAUCCCCAGUAACUCAGCGGAAAGGGCCACCGAACGUGCGGAAACAAAAAUCCUCGUCGAAUUCGCCAGGUGGGGUGUACGAUGAUGAUGUAGCAUCUUCACCUGAAUUGCAAGAAGCGAGCCAUUCAGAGGUGCUCAGAGAGGCUUUGAGGGCUUUGAGUGAUAUUGUUUCGGACCCAAGCAACGGCAAUCAAGGCAUUGAUGAUACGCAAGACCCUGCUGUGCACCGCCUUGCUGAGCCGGUAAAUAAAGAUUGUAUUGGUGAUAUAGUGUUGCCCUCGGAAACCGAGAUCAGGUCGGCACCUAGUGGAGUGCGCAACCCAGCAUUGGUGUACUGGGCCCUCGCAUUUGGUGCGUUAUCAGACAAGGUAUACGAAGGAUUCAAAGUACUUCGAGAUGUUGUCGGUCCUGAGCGACCCGUUCCGAGAGGUCAUGUUCGUGUUCGAUGGACUUGCUCAUGUGGAGAGUCACUUUAUGAUGACUUCAUUGAGCAACGACCGAAUGCAGCCCGACUUCUAGAAGCCUACUUGAACCGUCCGAGAGUGCACACUUACCAAAGCCCCGCCAGCCAGAGCAGUACAGUGUCAUCCGUGUCCUCUAUCUUCGACUCUUCUAGUCGAGCUUCAACCCUGGCGACGCCAUCAUCUACAUAUGGUGGAUCUGCUCCAUGGUCUAGAGGCAGUGAUCCAUCAAAGUACAACCCGUCCCGUGUGCGAGCCGACAGUGCAUUCAGUGUUCGCAUGCCCAAUUAUGCCGAAGAAUCGUGGCUUCUCACCUGCGCAAACGAGGGGCGUCUUACGCCCAAGAUUGUGCAUCUCGACGUCAACGAAGGCCGGAUAAGAAGCGAUAAAGACUUAGCACUCUCCCUACGAGAGCACUACGACCAGCUACAUCGCCGAUGGUACGACUGGACACGAUUGCGUGGACUAACGACCAUCGAAUUUGUACAGUUCGAAGUUCAUCGUAAUCGAUUUGCUGAUAUUCGGGCCGCGCCAUCUAUGCCUCCGAAAUCUGCGACGUCUUCAGUGUCUGCAGCUGGAGGCCCAGAGAAAUCUCAGGGGGCAUCACAGCAUCCAUAUACUUUUGAGCCAAAUGACCUUUUACCUCCUGUCGGCAGCACCUACCUCCUUCAUCUUUUCAAGCACCCAAACGAUUAUGACAGCGAGUUGGUAACGUAUCUACGUAGUCCGAAGCGGCGUCAGCGGUUAGAGUUCGGCAUGGGGUGGGGUGUUCAUCUUGUGGAAGGAUUCCUGGCCCAACGUGUUUGGGCGUUUACAGUGGGUAUUUGUGGCCUGAGUAGUGCAGUGUUUGCCGCUCUGUGGGCGAUUAUGAAGGAAGAUGUGCAAGGUGCAUUUGGAGUUGCGCAGUGGGUAUUGGGUCUCGCUGUGCUAAUGGUCGGUGGCAUACAGGCGUGGCUAGAGUAG